CCAGAACCCAGAGUGUCACAAAAACCGGACGUGCGUCAACACCCGCCUUCCGGGUCUGCGCUGCGCCUUGCGGGGUGCGGGGGUGGUCCUCGCUAGGAAAGCCGGAGGACUUUGGAAAUUUGCCAGUUCCCGGAGGACCUAGCUCAACCACAGGACAUCACAUUCCCUAAGGAUCCAGGAGAUCACAAUGACCCAAGGGCUUUUGUGCCAGCCCUGGGACUGCCUGUUCACAUGCUCCUGCUCUAUCCAUCCUUGCUUCUGCACAGCCCUUUCCAUCAGGAACACAACACUUUUCCAGUCUCUCUCUCCCACUCCAGCUUGCUCAGUGCCCCUACCUUCCCCCAAGAAUCGUGUUAUGUUUCAAUCCUAGGAUUUUCUGAGGUCCUCACAUUACCGAAGCGCCUUCAACACUGGCUUUAAUCAGAGUGGUUUGUACCCUUGAGCUAGUUCCCGACCCGCUGAUUCAUGGAAGUCGGACCACUAGGUCGGCCAUUCGUCCUCAUUCCUCCUACCCACCCACCCCCAAACGAAGGGCCACCACCCUGCGAUGAGUCUUGAGUGUUGGCUGGAGCCAGGGAUGGGCCAGCGGGGGCGCCUUCCCAAAUCCGGGUCGGCUGCGAUCACUAUCGGUGUAUUGGCGAUAGUGGCCAGUCAGGGUCAGCAGGAGGGUGAGACCGGCGGCAGGACAUGGUAAAAGCCUCGGAAACGAGCCUCGGUUUCCUAGGGCCCUCAUCCGGGGCCCUCAUCCGGGGCCCUCAUCCGGGGCCCUCAUCCGGGGCCCGCCCUGCCCCCGCCGUCGGGCUCCGCCUCCGGAAGUGCCAGUGAGAAGCGCAGCCUCCGAGCGGUCUAGAGAGACCCCUCAAAACCCUGGGGCGGCUUGGAGAGCACGGGUGUCCGCGACGCGAUAGCCGCCCGGCCAGCCCCUCCACCCUGUGAUGGUCAUUGUCCUCCAGAACAGGGAUGGAGGAGAUAUCAGCCCAGGAAGCAGCAGAAUCUCCAGUGGUCCAGUUUCAGUCCUUGGAGACCAACUCUGACAGUCUGUCCCCAGAGCCUCGGUUCUUGCAGGACACCGACAUGGAACAGGGACUCACUGGGGCUCCACCUGUUCCCCAGGUGUCUUCUCUUCCCCACGAGGGAAGCCCAGGAGACCAGGCAGCUGCGCUCAUGACAGCCAGGUACCAGCCAGGCUGUGUUAUUUCAGGAAUUUGUGACAUUCGAGGAUGUGGCUGUGCACCUUACUCGAGAGGAAUGGGGAUGCCUGGACCCUGUUCAGAGGGCUCUCUACAGAGAAGUGAUGUUAGAGAAUUAUGGGAACCUGGUUUCACUGGGAGACCUGGAUUUGAUCCCUGCAUCAGGAAGAUCCCGUGGAGAAGGAAAUGGCAACCCACUCCAGUACUCUUGCCUGUAGCCCUGGUGGGCUACAGUCCAUGGGGUCGCAAAGAGUCAAACACAACUAAGCAACUAAAGCUUUCACAUUUCACUUCAAGGAGAUUUCCACUUUUCAAGCCUGAUGGGAUCUCCCAGCUGGAACAAGAUCUACAAGUCUUUGAUCUGGAAACUAAGAAUAGAGAAGUCUUAAGAGAUGACUACUCAGAUGGAGAGACCAGAGAAGAGAACAAGCUGUUGAUUCCUAAGCAGAAAAUUCCAGAAGAAGUACAUUCAUACAGAGUGAGAGUAGGAAGAUUCAAAAAGGAUAUUGCCCAAGUUCCUGAGACUAGAGAAGUGUAUAAGCCUGAGGACAGAUUAGAAAGGCUUCAGGAAAUUCUAAGAAAAUUUCUCUUCCUCGAGAGAGAGUUUAGGCAAAUAACAAUCAGUAAGAAAACCUUCACCAGUGAGAAGAACAGUGAAUGUAAUGAACUUGAAAAAAGCUUCAGUCUGGAUUCUACUCUUGAUACAGAUCAGAGAGUUCUUAGAAUACAGAAUGUUGAUGACAUUGAUAAGUAUGAUGUGAGCCUCAACCAGCAUUCAGCUGGUAAACAGGAACACAUAAAUCUAACGCAGGAUUUUCACAGUAAUGAUUAUAAAGACAGUUUAAUGGAACUCUCCCACCUUAGUAACUGUGAGAGCAUUCCUACCACUGAGAAAUCUUACAAAUGUGAUGCAUGUGAGAAAAUCUUCCAUCAGAGCUCAGCCCUUUCUAGACAUCAGAGAAUUCAUACUAGAGAGAAACCCUACAAAUGUAAAGAAUGUGAAAAAUCUUUCAGUCAGAGUUCAAGUCUCAGUCGACAUAAAAGAAUACACACUAGAGAAAAACCCUAUAAAUGUGAAGCAUCUGAUAAAUCCUGUGAGGCGUCUGACAAAUCUUGUAAUCAGAGCUCAGACAUACUUCAGCAUAAGAGGGUUCACACUAGAGCAAAAUCUUAUAAAUGUAGCAAUUGUGAAAGGGUCUUCAGUCGUAGUGUACACCUCACUCAACAUCAGAGAGUUCAUAGAGAGAUGCCUUGUAAGUGUACUCUGUGUGGCAGUGAUUUCUGUCACACCUCACACCUAGCUGAACAUCAGAAGGUCCAUGAUGAAGAGAAGUGCUAUGAAUACAAUAACUGUGGGUUGACCUUUAUUAAACAUCAAGGAAUUCGUCCCAGAGAAAAGCCCUAUACGUGUAAUGAAUGUGGAAAAGACUUCAGAUUGAAUUCUCAUCUUAUUCAGCAUCAAAGAAUUCACACAGAGAAACCGCAUGAAUCUAGUGAAAGUGGAAAAGCUUUCAAUCAAACCGCAUGCCUUAUUCAGCAUCACAAAGUUCAUAGGAAAGAGAAAUCCUAUGAGUGUAAUGAUUAUGAGGAUAAUUUCAGCCAUAGCUCAGAUCUUGUCCUGCAACAGGAAGUCCUCACCAGAGAAAAAGCCUUUGAUUGUGAUGCAUGGGAAAAGAGCCUCAGUCAGAGAGCGCACCUUGUCCACCAUCAAGGAAUUCAUACCAAAGAGAAACCUUAUGAAUGUAAUGAACGUGGGGAGACAUUUAAUCAAGUUCAGGCCUCAUUCAACAUAUGAGAUGUCACACCAGGGAGACAUCACGUGUGUCCUGAAUGUGGUAAAGCCUUCAAUCCCAGCUCAACCUUCAUUCAGCAUCGAGGAAUUCAUACCAGAGAGAAACCUGAAUGUGACAAACUUUGGAAAGUUAUUAGUGUUGCACUCUUGACACCUGCAAACCCAUACCAAUGAGAAAACCUACAAAUACAUUGAAUGUGAUAGAUGCUUCACGCUAUUUUCGUACCUUAGUAUCAUUGGAGAAUUCAUACUGGAAUAAAAUUCCAUUGCUAUAAUGAAUGUGAAAAAGCCUUCAGUCAAAGAAACUACCUUGUUGAGCAUCAAAUUCAUUUCAUGCUGAAUACCUAUGAAUGUAAUAAAUGUGUAUGUGUGGGAGGAUUCAGCCAUAUUUCCAUCCCUCAUUCAGCAGCAAAGAAUCCAUACCCAAGGGAAGUCCUUUGGGUAUAGGAAAUGUGACAAGUCUUUCAGUAGGAGUUCAAGUCCUUUUUCAUCAUCAGAAUGUCCACACCAGACUGGAGUCUGAUAUAAUGCAAGUGGAAACAUUUAGCACCAUAUUCAGCUUUAUUCAAUAUCAAAAUAUUGAAGGGAAAAUUAUUAUUAGUGUAUAAAAUAGUUAAUACAUAGUCCCAGUCUUUUUCCCUGCAGAAGACUCUAGUCAGAGGAGUGAUUUGGUGAAUGCAGUGCUGUUUUCUCAUGGCAUUCUUUUAUUUAAUAGGUGUUAUACUUUAUUUUUGGAACUUUAUUUUAUAAAUAUACUUUAUUUUAUAAAUAUACUUUAUUUAUGGAACUCAAGCUAUUUUUAUUUUAAUGUGGCCUAUAAACAUUUUUAUUUUUCCUGAAAUUGGUUUUUAUUGCCCAAUAAAUGCUUCCCUGAUCCAUUAAUACACCAACGUUAAAACAAUAACUUCUGGAAAGUUUCUCUCAUUUAGCUUUUUCUACUGUUCUCAGCCAAAGUUCUCUCCAAAACAGACUCUUAGGCCUGCUCUUUUCCAAGGAUCCUAUCCCUUUCCAGCCACAGCAUUUGGGUUCCUGUUGGUUUCUCCAUUCUCUUAAGCACCUUCAAUGAUGGUUUCCUAGUUCUAAGCUUUAAGCCAGUGCAUCCCUACUUACUUUUUGGAUGUCUUCUUUCCAAAGCAAAAUAUCUUUAAAAGAAAUGGGUUUUCACACUCUUGUCUGUUCAUGAGUAUGAAGGAUUCUGUUUCCCCUGAGCCUGUGGCAAGAAGCUAAACAUUUUCAAGUGACGCCCAAGUUCUUAGCUGUGUUAGCAUUUACAGCCUUCUGAGAGAGAUGAGAAAGACAGUAGAAGCUGACAAUACUGGUGGUAGCCUAGCUAUAUUCAGUGUCUAUUCUGCAUGUCUAAGUUCAGGAUGAUUUAUGUCCAUUAAAGGCCAGCAGAACACUCAAGUCUGCCUUUGAUAGGGCAAAACAUAAAGAACGUAUGUUAAGAGAUCAGAAAUCUUCAUAAAGGAAUACUGCCUUCCUUCAGAUAUUGCGGUUUUUGUGUAGCAUCUCGAGAGUAUUUCAAGAAUGGCAGAAAAGCCUGUAAACAUUUAACUGUGUUACAGUUGCUUCAUUAUCUGUUUGGAAUUGUUUACAUAUCAUAUAUAUAUAUAUAUGUAUAUGUAUAUAUAUAUAUAUAUAUAUUGCAUUUUACAGGAGUCUACAGGCCAUAUAAAAACCUUUUUCUUUUGAUUGAUGAAACUGAUCACAGACGUUGGCUCCACAGAUCAGGGUCACUGUCAUAACAGUUAGCAAGAGUUCAUGAUUCUUCAGAUAAUGUCAAAGUAUUUGAUUGUAUUUUCCCAUCUUAAGCAUCAUAACAUUUUAUGAAUAAGGCAAGGGUUAUAUAAAACUCUAGUUGUUGUUCCAGCGAUUGAGUUCACCUGUUAAAAUACUUACUAGGGAUCCUCAACAAGUAAUACAAAAAUGCAUUGCUUACUUUGUAAGCCUCUUCUGCCUAAUAAGCUUUAGGGUAGUUCUACCACCGUAUUUUACCUUUUAGCCAUCAGCAAGCAUAGGAUCUCAUCUGGACAAGAUAGGGACCAAAAUGAAUUGAUCUAAAUGUAAAAGUAUAUGAAAAAAAAUGCAUGUUUUUUUUCUUUCCUAUCUAUUAACAUGUAUACCCUACUAAUAGAGACCACCAGUAGUCACCUCUGGUGAUGAUGAAACAGCAGGUUGAGUAAUCUCAAAUAGCAGGAAAUGUAAAAAUCACAUGUUAUGUGUUUGGUUUAGGAAUGUGCUUUUUGUACUUCCACUUGAAUAAAGGUGUGUUUGAUACUCUGAGAAUCUGUUUCAAAUAAAAUCUGAAGUCCUCAGCCCAAAGUACUUGGGAAUCUUAGAAUCACCUUCCUGUCUGCAACUCAGUUCUUUCCAGAAAGCUGACUCACAGCAGGAGUAGGUCACUGCUUCCUGCAGGUACAGUGCUUGGUCCUCCACAGAACUCUGGAAUAAAGUCUGAAUGUUUACAACUUUAAAGGGUUACUUGACUGGGAUGCUGUUGGCACAUGAAGUAAAUGGGUUGAGUAGAGUUAGGCAGAAUGUGUUUUUUCAAUAAAACAUUUCAAAAAAUGAGAAACCAGAUCAGCACAACAUUGUAAAUCAACUCAACUUCAAUAAAAAAUUCUUUUAAAAUGAGAAAUCAAAAUAAUCCUUGAGGACAAGUAACUUGUCCAUUUAAGCUUGUUGAUAUUUAAUUGGUCCAAUAUAAUAUGUGCUCUUAGUCUUUUUAGUCUUGAAGACAGGGAAGGAAGAGAAGAAAUCUAAUAGUUGGGACACCUAAUUUUGUCUCUUCACCUGCUUGUGUACACGUCUAUGUAUAUAUGCACAUAUUUGAAUAAUCCUCACAACUCUUUAAGGGAAGAAACUGUUUAACAGAGACACUGAAGUAUAGAGAGUUUGAGAAAAACUUAUAAGAUCACACAGCAAGCUCAAAGUCAGGGAUGUUUGACUCUAAAGCUUUCCAUCAUUUUGAUGUUGGUGUCUGACAUAUGAACUCGGAGAAGAGACAUUUUCUUUGAUAGCUCUUCAUUCCCUGUUACAUACUUAAUUUACCAUCAGUUGUCAGCUGAUCCUAAAUGCUCCCAGAGCUCUCCAGGAAGCUGGGAGAAAAUACCCCAGUAUCUUCUGGAAGCUAGGUAGAACCAUCCCUCUCUCACCCACCCCCAAUCUUUGUUUGUUUGUUUGUUUUCACCCCCAAUCUUUAAAGCAGGUUUAGACGGUUUUGACAAAGUCAGGCCAUGGGUUAGAUCUCCCAAAUUCCCAUCUCCUGCUAAGACAUCCCCAGUGCCAUCAGUAGGUUUAUAUUUACACUUCUUUGUGCCCCAAAUGCACUCCCUUUUUUCUGCUAACUAGAACUUACUGAUGGAUACAUAUCCUUACCAAAGUUUGUUACCACCUCUGGUUAUAUUCAGGGGUGGAGCAAAGUGAGCAGUGGGAACAUCAAAUUUGAGUCCUAGGUUUUCGGCUUGAGUAAGAGUAGUUAGAGGUAGACUGGAGAGAUGGAGAGCACUGAGUGUUUUAAGAAAUCCUGCAGAGGAAGUGUGGCAUUUUCAAGGCGGUAAUAAAUGAGCUGUUUGGAGAAUGCCUCACCCUAGGAGAUAUUACAUGGGUAACUGAGAAUUUAAGAAUGAAGUUCAAAGGAAGCCCCUAGCAUGUUAUCUCAGAAACUGGAAUUUCUCACAUUCAAAAAUAUAACCUGGUAUGUCCUUUCAUUCAUUCAGUCAUAUAGUUGCCAGACAGUAUGUUUAGUGCCAGCCAAUGGAUACAGUUAACCUAAUCAAAUGAAUUAAUCCAUUGAGUAAAAAAGAGUAGUCAAAGCAAUGAGUUUGGAAUUAGGCAUACCUAUGUUUGAACUUUAUUAGCUAUGACUUUGGACAUUUUCCCUAGCCUUCCUAGUUUUGGCUAUACAAUGUGGUGAAUAAUAGCAUGAAUGUUAAAUGAGGUAAUGUAAAAGCUACUGGUCGUAUAGUAAGUGCCCAAAAGUUAGUGUAAAUAAUAUCAAACCCACCAUAUUAGAGUAGAGAUACUUAGCAGAAAAUCUAAAAACAAGGGAAUGAAUGAGCAAGUAUUUACCAGUGCAGGACUAGCAUUGUCCAGGGAGGGACACCCUGAGCUUCAGUUCAGUUCAGCUCAGUCGUUGAGUCGUGUCUGAUUUUGUGACCCAUGGACUGCAGCACGCCAGGCUUCCCUGUCCAUCACCAACUCCCGGAGUUUACUCAAACUCAUGUCCGUUGAAUCAGUGAUGCCAUCCAACCAUAUCAUCCUUUGUUGUCCCCUUCUCCCACCUUCAAUCUUUUCCAGCAUCAGGGUCUUUUCUAGUGAGUCACUUCUUCACAUCAGGUGGCCAAAGUAUUGGAGUUUGAGCUUCAGCAUUAGUCCUUCCAAUGAAUAUUCAGGACUAAUUUCCGUUAGGAUGGACUGGUUGGAUCUCCUUGCAGUCCAAGGGACUCUCAAGAGUCUUCAACACCACAGUUCAAAAGCAUCAAUUCUUCGGCGCUCAGCUUUGGAGAACUUAAUAUAACUAGAGAAAUCAUUAGGCACUGUGGGCUGUGUGUGGUAGGAGAUGCCUUCUAAUGGGCAAUUCCUGCUGGAGUCUGCAAACAGUGAUGUGUCUCUAAUAUUUGUAUCAUAUGGCAUUAUGUCUUACACUCCUUUCAAGAUUUGAGUGCAUGAAGGAGCCAGUGUUAAAUCUGUUGAUUAAAAAGAUGUACAACAUAA